CGCCCACCUGCCAAGCGUCGGCGUCUUCGCGUAGACAGCGAUGAUGAUGAUGUGCCUCAAGAGGGCAAUGUUUCUGCUGCUGAUUAUGUGGACCCACGUGAUUCCGAGAAUUCUCCACGCCGCUCUCGAUCCAAACCCCUUGAAUUUCUUGACAACGCGGAUGACACAAAGGCCCCUCUAAGCCGGUUGGGUCGAGCAAAUGUUGACUUGGAGGAUGAUGCUGACGAGGAGGGCUCUGGUCAAGCGGGUCCUUUGUCAGGUUCUACUGAUCGGCAUAUUCGGCAGAAGGCCAAUCGUCGAGAGGUGGCCAUCGCUUUGAUGUCAGCAUCGCGCUUUGCGCGAAAGUCGUCUGCCCCAGCCGGCGUGUCAAAACAACGUGUCGCGAAUCAGGCCAAGCGCGAUCAUGUUGACGUUUCGGAUUCUGGCGCUUCUUCGGCCGAUGAGGCGUCAGAGGGAGACAGUGGAUCAAGCGGAUCAGACAAUCAAGACAGAGUAGGGCGAGAGGAUGGCUAUGCCAGUAGCAUCAUAGCCACAGACAAUGAAAGCGAAGAGGAUGCUGCGCCUCGGCAAAGCAAAAAACAACGUGCUAUGCUCGAGCAACUUGAUCAAGCAGAUGAUGCCAGAGGUGGGUCGCCUCCACUCUACGUGUCUGCUUUUAAAGCAUAA